GUCCAGAAGAGUUCCAUAAACACAUGUGUAGAAUGUUUUGAGUUAAAUGAAAAGUUUGAAUAUAUAGUUCGGUGGUAUAUCUCUGAAAUAGCAAUAAUGGCUACUGCGGAAUCCAUCGAAAGAGACGGUGUUAUCCGAGAUGAAAAGACAGGUGAGUAUUAUAUACCAGCAUCUCAGAGGCCUGAUGGUACUUGGCGAAAACCAAGGAAGGUCAAGGAUGGUUAUGUACCACAGGAGGAAAUGCCAACGUAUGAAAAUCGUGGUGUUCAGUGGAUAAAGAGUAAAUCAUCCCUCCCUCCAGGAAUGAACCCGGACGAUAUUACUCCGAAGGACAAGGACACGUCUCAGGUUGACCCCUUCGCAGGAAUGUCUAAGGCUGCUAAGAAAAAUGCUAAAAGGAAAGAAAAGAAGAAACAGCAAGGUCAUGCUGGAAAUAUAGAAUCUGUGACCAGGUCAUUAGCUGAUUCCUCACUCUCAAAGGACCAAUCAGAGUCAUUGAAACAAAGCUCGAACCAAUCAGAGGCGCCAAUAGAAGAUAAAGCUGAAAUCGAAAAGAAAAUCAGAAAUCUGAAGAAGAAAUUAAGACAGAUUGAGGAUCUCGAAAGUAAAAUAAAGUCAGGUGAAAUCAAGGAACCUGCCAAAGAACAGUUGGAAAAAGUAGCAAAGAAAUCAUCAUUGUUGAGUGACAUAGAGGACUUAGAACUGGACCUAGUUGAUGUGUGAAACAGUUGUGUUGUACAGAAUACAUUGAAUCAUGUUGUACCAUGGCGGUACAUACCUAGAUUAAACUAUUCAUCGAAGCCCUGGUACUUGUCUGAUACUGUCAGUCUUGUCUAAGUCACUAUCACAUUUUACAAUACACUCUUCUUUACCAUUACACUGUACCGAAUUGCCAGGAUUGUAGUUUGGAAUGUAUUGUUUAUUUAACAGUUAAUAUGUGUAAAAGUGAAGCGUCAAAUUGUCACUUGACCCAGUUUUGCAAGAUUUGAAAAAAAGUUGUUAGUAAAUUUGAGGCAUUUUUUAGACUGGACAAUGUUGGUGACCUAAUUGUAAACACAAUUGAUUAUAUUUAUUUGGAGUCCCACCUUAAUCACACUUUCUACUUAUUCUUUAUUUUUUUAUCAAAUCCCUAUACAGGUAUUAUUCUUUUACAUAGGGACUAGUGCAAAUAUUCUUGAUGAGAGAAAUGAAAUGAAUAUGAUCUUUGAUGAGCUCACAUACUGUAAGGGUUAGAGUAAAUUGUAAGGCAACAAACAUGUAAUAAUAACUUAUAUGGUAUAGUUAUAUGGAAGCAAAAUGAAUUUUUUUCUUUUGAUAAAUAAAUUACUGAUACUGAAAAAUAUACUCUUUAACUGUUU